CCUCCUGGGCCUUUGGGAUAGAUUACCAAGUUUGGGCAAACACUCACUGACUCAUCUGCAGUGAAUGAGGAACAAGUAAGCUCAUUGAAGGUUUCGGUUUCAUUUCACGAGGGCGUUUGAUUAAAGCAUCUCCACCAAGCAGACAUUGAGAUGAUGAGAUAUAAAACAGUGAUAAGAUUCCUCUUUAGCACUGGGAUCUUUUUUCAAGCCUGCGAAUCAGACGUGAGUUGCAGGAAUGACGAUGGAGUCGAGGUCGACUGGUACAUCUUAUACAAGUUGCCCAACAUGAACGACGGUGGUCUGUCAUAUCUGUACAUGGAUGAGAGCACCAAUGGUUGGAUACGCAGCAAAGAGAAUAUCAACAGCAACUCUGGCACCCUGGCCCACACCCUGAAACCUCUUCUCGACUUCUACGACAGAAAGACGGCAGGAUUUGGAUAUCUGCUCUACAAUGAUCAGCCUCCACGACUAACGGCUUCUGCAUCAUUUGGACACAGUAAAGGAGUCGUAAUGUUGGGCAGACGAACUGGAGUCUGGCUCUCUCACAGUACACCAAGAUUUCCAAGAUAUCACAGGAAAGACUUCUGGCCCCCAAGUGGAAACGCUAAUGCUCAAACGUUUAUAUGUGUCACUUACUCCUAUGCUUCAUUCAAACAAAUAGGACUGCAGCUCCAAUACAUCCACCCUUAUUCAUUCGACCAUUACAUAUCUACAACCUUUCCACCUGAGCUGCGCUGUGUGGCACGGAGAACCUGCUACCCAAAGAGGAAGCCCUGGUUUAGACUCAUGACGCUGACGUCGGUGAAAGGACAGAGGUUCACCAGCUUUGCAAAAUACACACGAUUUUGGGAUGAUAUCUACUCUGGCUUCAUUGUAAAUCACUUGAAGCAGGAUCUGUACGUCAAGAGCUGGGGAAAGAUGCGUCGCCCUCUGCCUUCUAACUGCAGCAUCCCUCACAAUGUGAACAAUGUGUACAAUGUGAAGAAGGUACAACUUCCCGGCACGCAGACCUUCAGCGACACUGUCGAUCACUCCAAGUGGAGCGUGACUGCUGACAUUCGCUGGACCUGCAUCGCCGACAUGAACAGGGAGAUGAGUCAGAUGGGCAGAGGUGGAGGAGCCAUAUGCAUCAAUGAUGCUGUGAUAGGUGACGCUUUCUAUUCACUGAUUAAAGAGUCUGAGCGAUGUGACCGUAAACGUCCACGUGGUCCGUAAAGAGAGCUUUAAGGGCACAACCCUAUGAACCUUUUCUCUUUUUUUUUUAAAUCAGGAAACUGAAGUGACUUAUCCAGAAAUUGGUCAGGUUGUACUAUAUACAUUUUUGAAGCUAUACCCAAUUUUUUUUUAGUGUAUGAUCAACUCUGUCUUUUAUUUUCUGCUGGGUUUAUUUCUACAAAUCAAAGACUGCAUCGCUAUUAUUUUAAACCAUGUUUUAAGAAGUUUAAGAAGAAAUAAUGUGUUUUAAUAGCUUGAUUACAUUUAUUUUAACAUAUAUAUCCUUAUUGCCUAUCAUUUAUAUGUUCUAAUCAUUACAUAAAGCUCAAGAUAUAAAAAAAAGACCUUUGGUCGCAAGGUUAGAUAAACCUGAAGAAGAAAUUCUGUCAAAUUGUUGUAUGUGUUUUAUUUCCUUUAAACAAUAUUUGGGUGUAUUUCGUUUUGUUCUGUUAUAUUUAGAAUUUGUCUGUUUUCAAAUUGUAUUUCAACUUCAAAUCAUUCAGACCAAAUUUGUAUUGAGCAUUUGUUGGGUUGUUGUGUUUGUUUUCAAUUUGGUUGGACUUUAUUUUUGAGUGUACCAUGUGUUUUGCUUUUGUGCUUCAUAUAGUCAGGAAAUUUAAAGUAAUACAAGUUAAAUAAUAAUCAUUUUAAUAAAAAUUUAAACAAUAGUUA